GCUGUGUUGCUGUGCCAGAGCAGUGGACUCUCGAUUUCGAGGCUCGAACUGAGGGGCCCCAGUGAGAUCAGUGAGAUCUGGGACCCAACGGACUCUUUCAUGUGUUGCGUGGCGCCUGCUUGACGCCGAAGCGGCGCUCGGGGCGGUCUGCGCGAUCCUUCGAUGCAACUGGUCUUCGCGAUCAUCGCCCAGGUCCUACUCUUCCUUCUAUUGGCCGGACUCUCGGGAAGCGUGGACAUCGACCUUCUUCGGCAAAGGUUUCGCCAGAAGACCAGCAUCGCCUUUGGUGUCGCAUGUCAGUUCAUCGUCCUCCCUUGCUUGGGUUUCUCCGCCGCCAAGGCCUUUCAGUUCGAUCCGGUGGUCGGAAUCAUGCUCAUCACCGUGACCUCCUCACCAGGAGGUGCUUAUAGCAACUGGUGGUGCUCCGUGUGCAAUGCGGAUUUGGCCUUGAGCAUUGCCAUGACCACCUGUUCCACUGUCCUGUCCUGUGGCCUGACGCCUCUCAACAUGCUGCUCUACACCUAUGGUGCUUAUGGAGAGAGCUUGAACUUCAACUUCUUCCAGUUAGUGCAGCCGGUCAUGGUGGCUGCUGCGGCCAUUUUCUCCGGCCUCUUAGUGAGCUACUGCAUACCGAAAAGCCGCCGGAUAUGCAAUAUUGUCGGAAAUAUUUGCGGAAUCCUUCUGAUCACUCUGAACGUCUUGGUCUCCUCAAGGGAUGACCCAGUCUGGGACAAAGAUUUGAUUUUCUAUGUGGGUGUGGGUUUGCCAUGCGUGUGCAGCGUCCUCGUAGCCCUUGGACUAGCCAAGGUCAGCUGCCGCGUGUCGGCACCAGAGGCAGUGGCAAUUGCCGUGGAAGUUUGCUAUCAGCCGCAUGGCGGAUGGCACACAUCGUUUUUUUUGCGUUUGGUUGGUUGCACCCGAGCUAAAACAGUGGAGCAGGAACACCGGGCUUGCCAUGGCCAUCGCUUUAUCCGCCUUCGACAAGAAAGAUGCCUCGCGGGCGGCGGGAGUCCCUUUGUUCUAUGCCUUUCUGCAGGUGUGUGUCCUGCCGAUGUUCUUGCUUGUCGCAUGGAAGAGCGGCCAGACCUAUGCACCUAGCAAGGAUCCGAUUUGGAGGGUGAUCUUCUACAACUACCAGCCCAAGCAUAACGUGCAGGCAUGGCCGUCCAAUCGAGAUCUAGAGGCUCCGAAGGCCAACCAGCUGAAUGCCUCCCCUCUCGGAAAGUAUCAGCACCAGGGCGAUGAGGAGAAUGCCAAGCAAUCUGUUCACAUUGUUCCUGAGCCUGAUAAAGAAUGAUCUUUCUUGGUUUUUAGCAUCAGUUUCUUUCGGAUGCGCGGAAUUGGACAGAUCAGCACUGCAGCUGCACAAAGCGGA